AUUAUGGAGCGGAAACAGCACCCACAAGAAAGUUUUGAUGACUUUUACUCGGACGUCCACGACCUGACUUUUAGACUCAAGAAGAAGAUCCCUGAGGAGGAACUAGUGAAAAUUAUUAAAGGGAACCUCAAACCCUAUCUAGCUAACCUCACUUUUGCAGCGAGGAUCAACACGCUAUCCGAAUUGAAGCAUGAAUGCAAGCGGCCUGAAAAAUUGACCAGAGAGAGCAUAUCAAGAGUUAAAGCGGUCUGCGAAGUGAAUAUGAAUUACGUGGACUGGUCUGAAAGCUGUAAGCUAGAAAGCGAUUUCGAAGUAUCUGCGUUGAACACGGAUAACAGAAGUCAGCCAAGUUCGCAAAAACGUUUGCCCAGUACCACCCUACAAUGCGACACGGCAAAGCCCAUAACCCCAUCCUUUACCCAAAACCCCAAUAUGAGUAACGUCCCCACUGUGAAUAAAUUACCCAUCCAGUCCUUUUGUGCAUCACCCUUCCACCUAAUGCUGUGCUUUGCUUGGGGUAUGCCGGUGGAUUAUUACAUUAAGAAUCCGGGAGAAGCAGCAAUGGACAGCAAGUGUAAGUCGUCCUUCCACCUAAUGAAGUGUUUCGCCUGUGGCGGAGAUUCCUCCUUUUGUGUUUUCAAGCCAGAAGUGGGAAAUGGAGCACUGGCCGAGAUGAUCGGGGUCCCUGGUCAGAAUCCGAAUCGGGAAGUUUAGGCGACCAACCGAAACCCGAUAAUGAAAUUAAAAUUCUUAGACGCGAAAUUGGUCCGCGCGAAAAUGAAGUGGAAAGUAGUGAAUUUAGAAAUAUUGAAGAAAAGUUACUUGAACGAAAAAUGAAGUAUGAAGAAGCACGAAGGCGUAUAUUUAUGAAAGUAUUAGAUGAGAUGCGAAUAAAUAGAAAGUACAAGAAGAUCCAAAAAAUGCGCGAAAACCAACGAAAUCUCAAACGCGUACAAAAGAAAAUAGUGGAAACAAUCGUUACAGUGGAUGUAAAUGGAAAUCAAGUGUUGGCUUUACUCGAGUCUGGGGCAUGUGCUAGUUGCUUAG